AUUAAACACCAACAAGGAAAAAACUUACUUUUCACCAAAAAUAGUAAUGGAAUUAAUAUAUCUUCUAUGCUCUCUAGUCUCCAUUUCCUUCACCACUCUUGUCCUAUCCCUUAUCCUUCCUUUUCACGCGCUACUCCGCCGUUUAGUAUCCUCACGCGCCGCUUCAUCCUCUUCCAAUGACGGAGAUGAACCCGUAUCUCUUUACGAAGGUACCGUCUACCAUCAGCGCCGCCACCCGGUUCACCAUUCCUUUCAAUACAAUGUUCGUUACGCGCUUAUUGAUCUCGACCGUGCACUUCACGCGCCUCCCAAUCAUCUUUCUCCCGACGAAGCUCGCCAAAUUACCGAUACUAAUGGACCCAUUUUGCUGUUGACAAUUCCAGCUAGUGUGGGAUAUGAACAGAAUCCAUUGAGUGUGUAUUAUUGCUAUGAUGUUGAAGACUCUGAUACACGUUUGAAGAAGUGCAUUGCUGAGGUAACAAAUACACCAUGGGCUGAAAGAGUAACCUUUAUUUUCAAUCCGCAUUCUGAUCUAGUAGCCAAAGCGCUGCAUGUCAGUCCUUUUAUGGAUAUGCUUGGGAGUUGGAAUAUCAAAGCAAGUGAUCCUGGAGAAAAUCUCAGCAUAUCAAUUUCUGUUCAUCACCCUGAGUUUGGAAACUAUUUUACUGCUAGUCUGAAAGCCAAAAGGUUGUGCCCGACAUCAGCAUCGGAUCAUGCAGUUUUCUUUUGGUUGAUGCCUCAUAAGGUUGCUGUGUGGAUAUAUUGGCAUGCUAUAAAAUUAUGGUGGCAAAAUGUGAAAUUUAUACAACACCCGAGAUAUAACAUUCCCGCGUACAGGGACGAUGCUUUAAUACGAGAUAGAAAACUGCAGUGUUGUGGAUUCAGUGCACAAAGAGGAAGCAACCAGGAUUGUUUAGCUGAUGAAGCAAGUCCUAGACACCGGUGGUUUAAAUGGACUGAUGCUAAAUGGCCAUGGUCAUAGAAAAUAGCAAACAUUUGUUUACAUGAUGGUAGUCACGUAUGUUGAAUUUGUAUUCUGGUUUGAAUUUUACUAUUGUCUAUCAUGACUUAGCUCGAAAUAUGUCUGGAUAGUGAAAUGUGUAAAACUUUUUAAUUUUCUUGUACUAAUAGUGUGUAUUAAGUAAAUUCUAAAUGUUUUAACAUUGUUGAAAAAUAGCUAGUAUAAAAGUCUCCACAUUUGACA